CAAGUAAACCAACCAACCAACCAACCAAGCAAUCCAUUCCACGAUAUUCCCAAAAAAGCGAAAGCUUCAAGUUAAUAUAACAUAAAAAAUCGUGAAGUGUUUCGUUAAGUGACAGCAAUCAACAAACAUGGCAACCACCCUGAGCCACGUGUUCGAUUACGAGAACGAGUUGAACGACAACCUGUACAAUCUCAAGUUGUCAGCUGAUAAGAAGAUGAGCAACGCCAAACGAUUGCGAAAGCUGCUGAAGCCACUGCUCCGCCUGAUGAAGAAGCGAAGCAAACAUACCAUCGCGAAAAUUCACCAGAAGGCCGAGCCCCAGCAGGAGAUCUUCACUGAGGAAGUUGACAAUCAGAACAACAGCAACGAGGCACUGGAGCAGCGUCUUCUUGCUGAUCUUGCCAGUGCUGAGGAGGGAGCUGCCAUCACAGUGUGUCUUGAUGGUCAGAUGACAGUGGUACCAGUGGUUCCUGGUCAGUGCUAUGUGCCAGUUCACUUUGCCCACACAUCAGCCGGUGAUUUCUACUGGACAACACUCGCCCUCGCUGACAGUGAUCUCUGCUACAAGGAGUGCGCCUUCUCCCAGAAUCAACUUCCCGAGAUGCAGGUUGCUUGAAGGCCACUGAUCAUCCCAACAACAAUGAUCUCUACCUCAUCCACAACUGGUACUUGUGGAGACGAAACUACCUGUCAACCACCUCGUGGUGUAGCCGAGACUGCAUUCUCAUUAUCAAACUGUGAUUGAUUGUUUAUAAAAGUUGAAGUUUUCUGAAUAUUGCUCAAAUGAUUUGUGUCUCUUGGAGACUUUUUGUAUUCACUCGUUCAAUUUUUAUCAUUUGAUUUCAGCGGUUAUCAGACCGUUUUUUGUGAUAUUGUAAUAGAGUCUUUAGGUUAUUUUUUAUUGUGAUAUGGGCAAUUGCUCAAUGAUGUCUUCCAUUUC